GCUUCUGCACAGUUGAAACCGACCAACAAGUGGCGCGUGUGUUGUGUGCUUGUCCGUCAGUACGUAUAAGAAUUCUUCGAAAAGUAUUUAAUUUUCCAAUCGCAUCAUACAUUCUAUCACACCUGCUUACGUUACACUAUGGCAAACACAUUUUUCGUCCAACUUUUCUCUACAUUGUUCUCUGUUCGUUCAUGAAUUUCGGUGUCAAAAUAUCCCCAUUCUCAAAUAAAAUCGUUCAGAUAAUAAACGUCAUCAGAUUGCUAAAAAAGGUGACAAACGCUGGAAACGUUUAAAUACAUCUGAUAGAUAAAAUGUACGUCAAAGUACGAACAAUCGAUGGAAAAACCGAGCGAACGUUCGACAUUUCAAAACUCAUCAACAUCGAAGAUUUCAAGAUAAAAGUCGCGGAUGAAUUUUCGGUCGAGCCAGAGCUUCAACGUUUGUUUUACCGAGGCAAACAACUUGAAAAUGGCUACACGAUAUUUCAUUAUGGAGUUGGACCUAGCGACGUAUUACAAUUGGUCAUAAAAACAAAGGAUGAGCCCAAUUUGGCUAGUACAUCGAGUGAUUCAAAAGAAAAAAAAACCUCUAAUGAAGAGGAUAGCCCAAAUGUAAAAAAACUAGACGAUGGUUUGAUCGAGGCUCAGAGUACUUGGUGCCAAAUCAACGACGAAGUCGACUGUCUAGAUCGUUCUUUCGGAGCUUGGUUUGAAGCGACUGUUUUCAAAAUUCUCAAAAAGGAAUCAUCUUCCGAGCUCUUAUACAGAGUACAAUGGAAAUUUAUGGAGGACAAAGAACCAUUCGAUGUGGAUGAAAACAUGAUUCGCCCAAGAGCUUGGAAAUUAUUGUCCUAUGAUGAAUUGGACAAUGGUAUGAGAGUCAUGAUCAAUUAUAAUACGGAGACACCCAACGAAGAUGGUUUUUGGUUUGAUUUUACAAUAUCCAAAAUCAAAAAGACUAGGACUGCUGAAGAACUCACCGGGACUCUUCAUGUUGGAGGGGAUCACACAACCGUGGAGAAUUGCAAAGUGAAUCCCCGUGGGGAGGUGUAUAGGAUCGAGGAGAAGGUACCAUUGGAAAAUCGCGACGAAAACGUAGUGCUGAGUGACAAAAAGAGGAGAGUGGCUUUGAUUUGUAAAACGUGUAACGACGAUCCGGAGGAGCCAUGCAAGGAUUGUGGUUGUUGUGUAUGUUCCGGUAAACAAGAGCCGCACAAUCUUUUACUUUGCGAUGAGUGCAACAAAGCGUAUCAUCUACGUUGUUUGGUGCCGCCGUUGGACUCUAUACCCGAUGAUGAAAACUGGUAUUGCCCUGACUGCAAAAACGAUGAGAACGAGAUAGUAAAAGCCGGCGAGAAAUUAAAGCCCACGAAAAAAAGAAUGGAUAGGACAGAGUUGAAAAAGGGACAAAAAGACUGGGGAGUCGGAAUGGCAUGUCUAGGCAGAAUGGCGCAGUGUACAAUCGUGCCUCAAAAUCAUGUUGGACCGAUUCCCGGUAUCGAGGUCGGUAUGAGCUGGGAAUACAGAUUGCAAGUUUCCGAGUCCGGUGUACAUAGACCACACGUCGCUGGUAUUCACGGUAGAGAAGGAGAUUGCGCUUAUUCACUCGUCCUUUCCGGUGGCUAUGAGGACGACGUUGAUUAUGGUGACGAAUUUAUGUACACGGGCUCCGGUGGUCGCGAUUUAUCCGGAAAUAAAAGAACAGCUGUACAAAGCUGCGAUCAAACCCUUACUCGUAUGAACAAAGCGUUGGCACUUAAUUGUAACGCUAAAUUGAACACCGUCAAAGGAGCAACCGCGAGUAAUUGGCGCCAGGGUAAACCGGUCCGUGUGGUACGCAGUUGCAAGCUUCGUAAGCACAGCGAAUAUGCUCCAGAAGAGGGUAAUCGUUACGACGGUAUUUACAAGGUUGUCAAGUACUAUCCACAGAAAGGAAAGAGCGGCUUCAGCGUGUGGCGUUAUCUUCUAAGGCGCGACGAUCCAACACCCGCACCUUGGACCGAAGAGGGCAAAAAACGAAUGGAAUCUCUGGGCCUGAAAUUGAUCCGGUAUAAACCAAUAAACAAUGGCACCGAAUCGCAGACAAAAAAUGAAUCUAUUGAUUCAGAAAAAUCUACUCAUGAACAAGAGAGUAAAAAAUCUAAAUCUACCAAAAAAAAAUCUAAGACCAUUGAAAAAAGAGGCAAAUCUACCAAAAGAACACAUUCAGACAAAGUCGAUGAAAAGAAUGAACCAGAAAUGAAGAAAACCAAAAUGGAAUCUUAUAAACUUGACGAAUCGAUCGAAGAAUUUAUAAAACGAGAUGCUGUCAAUUCGAAACUUUGGGAAGAGUGUUGCAACGUUUUGGCUGAUGGCAAAAUUGCUUUUUUACAAAUCGUUACAGAAAGAUAUACGUGUGUAUGCUGUCAAGAGGUUGUUCACAAUCCUAUUACAACACCUUGUGCUCACAACAUUUGUUUAACGUGUAUGAAGAGGAGUUUUCGUGCUGGAGUAUAUUGCUGUCCGAUGUGUCGUUACGAAAUGAAAAAAAAUCAUCCAAUGGUGGUGAACGAAUCACUUUCAUCGGCAUUGAAACUCUUAUUACCUGGGUAUGAUGGUGGACGAUAGCAUUUUUUCACCCUCGCACGAUACAACAAAUUGAUAUAAAAAAGAAAAACUAAAUUCAUUUACCUGGAGUGCCUUUAUAAUAAUUUCUCAUUAUUACGAUAAUUUAAGUGUUAUGAAUAUUUCAUUUACCAGUAAUCGAACAGGUAUCCAAAAUACAAUUAUAAAUUAGCUUUAUUUUUCUGAGGGUUUUUCCUUCUUCACGAGAGACGAUGGAACGUUUCCUCCAAUCCAUUUCAAAUACUCCUCGUUUCCGUUUGCAAUCUAGAUAUUCAAUGUUCAAAUGUCAAUUGUAAAACGAUCAAGAAAUAACAUAACAGCAUAGGUUCAAUACUCACGGGUAGGGAUAUUACUUCGCACACUUCGUACGGAUGAUUUUCCCUGCAAAAAAUAAAUUGUUGAGAGUAAUUUCGAAAAAAUUCAUUCUCUAGA